AUGGACCACGCCGCCUUGGGCCUUUCCGUCCUCAACCCGUCGCCCGCACGGGCAUCUGGACCUACCUUAUUGCACAGCCUCGUACGGACCCCAGGCGAGAACCUCGCGCUGGAGCAUCUCUGUCAGGGGAAAAUCACCAAAUUCUCCUACAAGGCAUUCCAUGAUGCCUCGGAUGCACUGGCAUCCCAGAUUGCUCUCGCCUGCGACUCUGUCCAAGGCCAGCUGAUUGUGCCCGUUCUUCUACAACAGUCUCCAGAUCUAUAUAUCGCUCUGCUAGCUAUUCUUAAAGCGGGAGGCGCAUUCUGUCCCCUAAACUUGGAUGCUCCCGCAGAAAGAGUUCAAUUUAUCCUCAAAGAUGUCGGUGCCAAGGUUGUUAUUACUAGUCCAGAGCUGUCCUCGCGGAUACCAAGAGGCACGGGAGUUACCAUUCUUCACUCUUCCCACAGCUAUGAAGCUGUUGGUUCGCACUACCGCGCCAUGACACGGCAGCCAACACCAGAGAGUUACGCCUACGUAAUGUACACAUCGGGCUCGACAGGCACGCCCAAAGGUGUCGCGAUAUCCCACUCCGCCGCUACGCAAGCUCUCUUGGCGCACGACCCUCAUAUUCCGCGCUUCUCAAGAUUUUUCCAGUUUGCGGCGCCAACCUUUGACGUCUCUGUCUUUGAGAUCUUCUUCCCACUCUUUCGAGGUGAGACUCUUGUCAGCGCCAGCCGGCAAGAAACGCUCAACGACUUGCCCGCGGUGUUGCGGCAAAUGAAUGUGGACGCCUGCGAGCUUACACCCACCGUGGCGGCAAGCCUGUUGAGAAAGAGGGACAAUGCGCCCCAGCUGAAGCUGUUGAUGACCAUCGGAGAGAUGUUGAACCCACGCGUUGUGACGGAGUUUGGCGGCGCAGCCGACAGAAAGAGCAUUCUGUGGGCAAUGUAUGGGCCGACCGAGGCAGCGAUUCACUGUACAUUACAACAAGACUUCCAAUCCGAGUCCUCGACUGGGAAUAUUGGAACGCCGCUGGAAACUGUAUCAUGUUUCAUCAUCAAACCAGCCGAGGACGAAUCUGACUCGAAACGCUUUGAAAUUCUCCCCACUGGCCAUGUCGGCGAACUUGCGGUUGGCGGCCACCAACUUGCAGCUGGCUACCUCAAUGAUGAGCGAAAAACGAACAAUGCCUUCAUUAGCUCACCGUAUGGGCGUGUCUAUCGCACCGGCGACAAGGCCAAGAUGAAUCAAGAUGGCACGCUUGAAUGCUUGGGGCGUAUAUCGGAUGGGCAGGUCAAGCUCCGAGGCCAGCGUAUUGAGCUCGGUGAGAUUGAGCAUGCAGCGCUGAAAACGAGCGGAUGCCACGGCGCCACUGCCAGGGUGAUUGGCGCGAUCCUGGUGCUUUUUUGUGCUGUUGAUGCGUGCGUCUUAGAAGAUGACAUUUUGAAGAGCUGCGGUCGGUGGCUGCCGCAGUUCAUGAUACCCGGCGAAGUUGUGCUCUCUGAGGAGCUGCCAAGACUGCCCAGCGGCAAAGUCAAUGCGAAGGAACUGCAACGGCAGUUCGAACAGUCAAAGCCAUCGAAAGGCGCACCUGAUGACAUUGCACAUUCUUCAGAGCCUGAGUUAGUACAGGCGCUGCAAAGAUAUUUCGGGUCACAGCUCAGUAUUCAGACCGAGCUAGCCCGAGCAGGACUGGACUCUCUCACAGCAAUCGGCCUGUCUUGCCGAUUGCGACAAGCUGGCUAUCACAUACAAGCUGUAUCGCUACUGAAGAUGAAGAAUAUCGGGCAACUUAUUUCUUCCGUAACGAGAAUUGACGAGGAAGGGCAUGUGGAGAGAACUCGUCCAACUGUCAGCAGCGUGGAGAAGCUGGCCAAGAUCAAGUCCAAGGAACUUGAGCUUGAGAUCUCCCAUCGCAUUACGCAAGACCUUCUCCCCUGCUCCAAUCUACAGAUCGCCAUGCUCACUGAAACAACACGCAUAGCCGAGGCAUACUGGAAUACGGUGCAUCUUGAGUUGUUUACAACAGCGACGGCCGAGGAUAUACGUCGGGCAAUCCACGCUGUUGCUCAGCGAAACGAAAUUCUUCGAACUGGCUUUGUGCAACACGAGUCUACAUUCUUCGCGGUGGUUUUCGAUGCAAUAAACCCAGAUUGCAUCACAGUCUCUGGUGAAGAAGGAGUAGCGACAGUAGCGAGUAUCAGUUCAAGCCUACUGCGCCCGUUGCAAAUUCACGUCGCAGGACUGGCCGAAGAGAAUUGGUACAGCAUACGGCUAUACUUGCACCACGCAAUUUACGACGGCUGGUCUCUUGAUCUGUUGAAAUCCGAUCUUGCAAAAGCUCUUAGCGACGAACAAUUGCCAUUGCGAAAUCAAUUCCGACAUGUCCUUGCUUUCUCCAUGUCACAAGAAUGUGAGCAGUAUGAUGAGAAAGCCCGCAUCUUUUGGGCUGACUAUCUCUUUGGAUGGAACAAGCCUCCUUUCCCCCGACUUAUACCCCGGGCAGUACCAUCUGGGACGAUCCAGUCCGCAACAUACAAGCAAGUGCUUCCAAGUUUGCCCAAGCAGGCGUACAAGGGGAGCCCUCAGGUGCCAUUCCAGGCUGCCCUCGCUCUGGCGUGGAGUGGUAUUCUUGGGUUGCAGGACGUCGUAAUAGGUUCUGUGACUUCUGGGCGCACGAUUCCGGUAAUAGGCGUUGAAAAUAUCAUGGGGCCUUGCAUCAGCUCAUUGCCCCUCCGCGUCAACAUGGAGCGCAUGACUACCAUUGAUGAUGUCGUCAAUAGCAUAUCAUCGAGCAACCGGCACAUGAUGGAGCAUUCGACGCUGUCCCAACUUGCUGUCAAGAAAGUCGUCAACAUGUAUGGGGCAGAGCAACUGUACGAUGUGCUGUUUGUCUACCAAGAGUCCCUUGAGCAGCGGAAGCAGACGCACAGCGUUAUCAGAGAGGUCGCGCACCUGGACAGACUGGAGACCAAGCUGGUUCUCGAGGUCCAGCCCGUGCAGGACGGCGUCAUACUGCAGGCGACUUUCCACGAUGACUACUUUUCCUCGAGUAUGGUAGACAGCUUGCUGCGCCAGGUUGCCAUGAUAUCCUCGGCCAUCAUCGAGAACCCACAUGCGCCGUUGGAGUCGACGCGCUCGUUGCAGGUGGACACGUCGACUUAUAAUAUGAGGUUGGAAAAGAUGAAUUGCAACUCACAGCCCAAUGACCUUGCUAGGGUCGUCGAAGAAGCUGCCGCCCGGUAUGGCCAUCGCCUGGCAGUUUCUUUUGCUACCCAGAUAUCGGAUGCCUCGUUCAAAACAGUCACAACUACAUACCAAGACCUGAAUCGCAAUGCAAAUCGCAUCGCCCACUUCCUUUUGAGUCAACAAGUUCAACCUGGCGAGGUCAUACCCAUCAUCAUGAACAAAUCUAUCCGUCUCUAUACGGCCAUCCUGGGUAUUUUAAAAGCAGGAUGCGGCUACCUACCUCUGCUGCCCUCCACACCGAAUGCGCGGAUAUUGGAGAUUUUCAAACAGUCAGGAUCGCGUCUCUGCCUUGCUGAUGAGGACUCUCUGCGGGAUGUUCCACUUUCAACUGCUGUCCGCACGAUUCUCAUCGAUGAAGAGUCCAUGGAAGACUACCCUGACAAUAAUACGUCCGUCGACAUCAGCAGUAGUGAUGCGGCCUACGUCAUCUACACAUCUGGAACAACGGGAACGCCGAAAGGUGUCACGGUCAGUCACAAGAACAUUGCUUGCAACGUCGCCUACCUCGGGGCGGAAUACCCAGAAGCCAGAAAGGGACAUUCAAAUUUCCUGCAAGCUUGCUCGCAAGCAUUUGAUGUCUCUGUCUUUGAGAUCUUUUUCGCUUGGCAUAAAGGCAUGUGCCUUUGUGUUGCAACCAAUGAUGUAUUAUUUGCGGAUAUUGAAGAGGCUAUUCGAAAGUUUGGAAUUACGCACCUGAGUUUGACACCAACCAUCGCAUCGCUCAUUGAUCCAUCCAAUGUCCCCAGCGUCGAGUUCCUGGUGACGGCUGGUGAACCCAUGACGAAUGCCGUCAGUGAGCGAUGGAAAGAAUUGAUAUGGCAAGGUUAUGGCCCAUCAGAGACGACCAAUAUCUGUUCUGUCAAAAAGAUGUCGUCAGAUGACUAUAUUGAACAUCUGGGAUCGGUAUUUGACAACACGUCGGUUGCCGUCCUUGAGCCAAAGGGCUUGUCAACCCUCCCGAUUGGUUGGGCUGGUGAAUUCUGUUUUGGCGGCGAUCAAGUCGCUACUGGAUAUUUAAAUAUGCCACGUCUGACUGCUGAAAAGUUUAUACAGCACCCGAACUAUGGCAGACUGUAUCGAUCAGGAGACUUUGGUCGUAUGCUUCCGGAUGGGUCCUUGGUGAUUCUGGGCCGUAUCGAUGAUCAAGUGAAAUUACGAGGCCAGCGCAUCGAAGCUGCCGAGAUCAACGGUAUUGUGUCGCGUGUUUCUUCCGCCACAGCGGUCGUGACACUUGUGCUGAAGCAAAAGGACACCAUGGGUGAAUGGCUGGUGGCAUUUUACGUCCAAGACAAGGCUGCAGAAGAUUUCCGCAUAUUGAAGGCAGAUACAGCUGCACAAGAUCAAGUCUUUGCAGAGUUGUAUACCAAACUUUCGUCAUAUAUGGUGCCAUCCUACCUGAUUCCUGUUUCGCGUAUCCCACUCACGCCCAGUGGAAAAGUCGACAAGCGAGAAAUCACGGCUGCAUUCGCGAAACUCUCAAAAGAGUAUCUCAAAACUGUUGCGCAUAAUUCCGCCAAAGAGGACGACGAAGAAUGGAAUGAGGUGGAACAAGCCAUUGCCUCGCGUAUGGCCAGCUCGCUUAAGGUCUCUCGCAGCGAUAUCGGUAGAUGGACGCCGCUCGCAAUUCUGGGUCUGGAUUCCCUGUCAGCCAUCCAAGUCUCUAAAAGUCUUACGCAAGAGUUCAACACGACGGUGUCAAUUUCGUCUAUUCUACAGCACCCGACAGUCGCCCAACUUGCCAGGAAGCUGCAUUCCAGGGACGAGAGAUGCGACGUCGCCAUUGCAAGCGACUAUUUCGAUGAGAAAUUCCAGCAAUCUGUCACAGUGAUGCUUGCCGCAGAGAAUAAAAAAGUUGUCGAGAUUCUGCCGUGCUCCCCGCUCCAGGAAGCCAUGGUGUCCCGUGGAAAGACAAAUUAUUACAACAAGUCGUUGUUGCGACUUAGUGCCGAUCCUUACGAGAUGAGAAGUUACUGGCAGCAUAUGUGUGAGCGCCACAGCAUUUUGCGUACAUGCUUCGUGUCUACCAAUAGCUCAAAGUACCCUAUUGCUCAAGUGUCGCUCGCAAAAUGGGAGUUGCCGUGGCAUGAAUUCACCGUGACGCAGCCGUCCCUCGAGGACGCGAUCCGGGACCACCUCGCGCUGGUACCAGAGCCGCUCGACACAAACACGCCUCCUCUAUCGCUGGCUCUGAUACGGUAUGGUGAAACGCGGUUCUUGUCAUUUGUUUGCCACCAUGCACUGUAUGACGGGGUUGCAAUGGAGUGUCUCUGGCGCGAGGUCGAAGCUCUUGCUCGCGGAGAGCAGCUUAGACCCCCAAUCCCACAAGGACCUUUUAUCAGCGAGAUUGUGAAGCUGCCGAGUACUAGCCAAACUUUUUGGAAGCAUCAAUUCUCCAACUUCCAGCCCUCUUUACUGUUUCAAAAGCCUAACGGAAGGGCUGCUGUUCAACAAGUUACACACACGCUCACCAUUGAGAGAUGCCUUGACAAGACCCAGCAUCAAAUCAAGUCGCUCGGAAUUUCUCUUCUUUCUCUGUGCCAGGCUACCAUGGCGCGAGUGCUGGCGAUUGUAGGCCAAAGGAGUGAUGUUUGUUUCGGAAAUGUCAUGAGCGGACGAACAAUUGGACUCGAGGGCAUUGAACGUCUGGUGGCGCCGUGCUUCAACACUGUGCCUAUACGCCAGGACAUGUCAGAUCCGCUGUCCAAUAUUGAUCUGGCUAAGAACUUGUUGAACUUGAAUACGAGCAUGUUGGAGCAUCAAUUCACGCCUCUGCGCCAGGUUCAGAAGCUUGCAGCGAAGGAGACCAGGACCUUGUUUGACGCUUUGCUUCUCGUACAGCAGCCCCUGCAGGAAAUGGACGUCAAUGUUUGGACUCUGGAAGAAGACGCAGGUACCAUGGAUCUACCCCUUGUCUGCGAAGUCACGCCAUGCCCCAACCUCAACACGCUGGUGCUCGACGUACACUACGACAUGUCUGCGGUGCCGUUUACCCUAGCUGCCGGAAUUGCGGAACUGUUUAAGCACAUUCUGUCGCAUAUGCUCGAGGCUCCCCAUACAGUGUUGGAUAGAUACAGCAUCCCCGAAACACUACUUGAUCAAGUGCGUCUCAGACAACCUUGGGCCUUUGAAGACGAUGACGAGGGAUAUGACAGAGAUGGCGGCGACUCCUCCACCUGGACCGACGAGGAGCUGGCUGUUCGGGGCGUCCUGGCUGAGCUGUCUCAGACACCUGUCCAGCUCAUUGAGAAAACCACGAGUUUGUUCAAGCUUGGUCUUGACAGUAUCAAUGCUGUUCAGGUAGCAGCAUUUCUGCGCCAGAAGAGCUACUCCGUCUCGGCAUCCGACGUUAUUGACUGUCAGAAUUGCCUCAAAAUUGCCCAGCGAAUAUUUGACAACGGCUACCAAGUGAAAAAAGAGCCGAGAUCAUAUGACCUGAGCGCAUUUGACACCGAGAUGCGUCGUACGCUGAGCCUGCCCGGGGAUGCGUUCCAAAUAUUCCCCUGCACACCUAUGCAGUCGGCCAUGCUGUCAGCCUUUGCGUCUUCUGACGGAGUGCAUUAUCUCAACGAAACGAGCCUGGAGAUGAAUAAAAAUAUCACUUGUGCCUUGGUGAUUGAACAAUGGACACAGCUGGUUUCUGUCCAUUCUAUGCUGCGGACAGGCUUUGCUUCAGUUCGCCGUACCGACACUGCCUACGCCAUGAUUCAGUACAAUGCUGUGCAGUGCGAAGGAUUGAUUACUAUACAAGACAGUAAUUCAGAUUGUCGCGCUUGGAAAGAGAAUGCGGCGAGGGAAAUGCAGGCGCGGUUGGAGCUACCACUGUGGAGGUUGGCCGUCACGACAGUGAAUGAUGCGGUUCAUAUUCACUUGAUCAUCCACCACGCCCUCUACGACGCAACUUCACUGGAAGAAAUAUUGUCCAACUUUGGGAGACUGCUUAAUGGCCAAGAAGCUCGGCCUGUGCAAAAUGUCGUGACCGGCCUCUCUGCAGUGCUAGAGCGCAGCGCCGGGGAGCAGGAAGAGGCCUGCUCAUUCUGGCGCCAGCAGGGGGAGCGGGCAACGAUUAACCGCUUUCCUGUUCUCACGCCGCUGAGAGAAACGAAGAGAGCUAUACUGGUGGAAGAGCUGACGUCGACCCUGACAAGCUCUGGCUUGCACCAACUGACCCGCAACCUCGAGGUUUCUGUGCAGACGGCGAUCCUGGCUUCGUGGACUCGGCUUCUCGCAAGUUAUACUGGAGAAGAGGCAGUCGUCUUUGGUGUUACUCUGUCUGGUAGAACGUGCGAGGCAACACUUAGCACACCUAUUCCCUGCCUGACAACUGUGCCUGUGGUUGCUCAAAACGUUGGGUCAAACAAGCUUCUCCUGGAUCAGAUGAUGCGCGCCGUCUCCGACAUUCAUCAACACCAAUAUCUCCCUCUGGGCCGCAUUCAAAAGGAAAUGGGCCACCCGGCAACGCCAGUCUUUGACACUCUGAUCGCAUACCAAAAGAUUCAAGGUGAAACAAGUGAGCGACCAUGGGUCCAGAAGCAGGAUGACGCAGCCGCUGAAUUUCCCGUGUCGCUUGAAGUAGAGCCUACCGAUCAUGGAAGUAUUCGCUUGCGCAUCACCUACUUCAGCGACGUUUUGCCUUGCGAGCAGGCCAAGAUGCUACUGCGCCAGUUUGACGCCAGCCUGGAAGAUCUCGUCAUCAAUCCGGAUGGCCACCAGCAUGACCUGCACCAAUACCACCCCGAUAUGUUUGCUGUCUCGCCGCCCCUGGAACCUGCCAUGGAUGCACCCGUGCAACUCUUGCAUCAGUUUGUGCAAGUACAGGCCAAGACCAACCCGACCAAGAUUGCACUGGAACAUGUGAGUGGCUUCAUAGGCAAUAAGCCAGUUCGCGAGCAAUGGACAUUUGCACAACUCGACGCCAUCGGCAACAAAGUCGCCAACAUGCUUUCAAGCCACACAGAUGCUGGCAGCAUCAUCGCAGUUCACUUUGACAAAUGCCCGGAAGCGUACUUUGCCAUGCUCGGCAUCUUGAAGUCUGGCUCUGCCUUUGUUGCGCUAGACGUCAACGCACCGAAUGCUCGGAAGGAAUUCAUCUUGCAAGACGCCAGGCCCCCUUGCCUUCUAACCAGCGACGAAAGUACCAUUGACUUUGAUGUGUCUUGCCCUGUCAUUGUCAUUGACGAGGCGCUUCUCAAUGACUACCCGGAGACGCCGUGCGAGAUAAAUGGCAGUCUCACUCCUAGUAGCACUUGCUACUGCCUGUAUACUUCCGGAACGACUGGCACGCCGAAAGGAUGCGAGAUUACGCAUGAGAACACGGUGCAGUGCAUGAUGGCUUUCCAGGACCUGUUUCGGGGACACUGGGCUGAUGACUCUCGCUGGCUCCAAUUCGCAGCGUUGCAUUUCGACGUCUCGGUUCUUGAGCAGUACUGGAGCUGGUCUGUCGGAAUCACAGUCGUUGCGGCCAAGAAGGAGUUGAUUCUGGAUGAUCUCAUUGGCUUCAUUAACAAUGCCGACAUCACGCACAUUGAUCUGACACCGAGUCUGGCCCGACUCACUCACCCCGACACAGUACCUGGUCUUUGUCGUGGUGUCUUCAUCACGGGCGGAGAACAGCUGAAGCAAGAAAUUCUGGAUACAUGGGGGCCGAAAGCUGUCAUUUACAACGCAUACGGCCCAACCGAGGCCACGAUUGGCGUCACUACCUACCAGCGUGUGCCUCAGAACGGUCGGCCUAGCAAUAUCGGCAAACAGUUUAGAAACGUGGGGUCAUACGUCUUCCAUACAGACACGGAGAUACCCGUAUUCAGAGGCGCUGUUGGAGAGCUCUGUGUCAGCGGCAAGCUCGUGGGCAAAGGCUACCUCAAUCGACCGCAGCUGACGGCCGACAAGUUUCCGACUCUCAAGGCCUUUGGUGAGAGAAUCUACCGAACGGGUGACUUGGUUCGCAUACUGCACGACGGCUGCUUUGAGUUUCUGGGCCGCGCAGAUGAUCAAGUGAAGCUUCGCGGCCAGCGGCUGGAGCUCGGCGAGAUUGACCAUGUCGUCCGGUCUGUCAAGAAUAUCCACGACGUGACUACUCUCGUCACCAAGCACAAGUUUAGCGGAAAGGAUGUGCUUGUGUCUUUUAUCGUCGAGGACCAAGACCGCAGCGCACUACUCGAGAUUCUUGCCGACGGCAGUGGUGUCAGCACGGAUGCGAGAGCUAUGUGCAGAAACAAACUCCCUGGAUACAUGGUUCCCUCGUAUUUCUUGAAGCUUCCGUUUAUUCCGCUCUCUCCCAACAACAAAGCCGAAGCCAAGCAGCUGCGGAAGCUUUUCUUGGCGCUUUCGCAAGAAGAACUGGUCAGGCUCGGGUCGCCUACAGCGAAGCGCAACCUUUCCAGGGACAGCCCCAGCUACAAGAAGCUCAUUUCCUCACUCGCACAAUUUUGCAACCUGGAAGGCUCUGAGAUGGAUGAUUCCGCAAGCAUUUUUGACUAUGGCAUUGACUCCAUUACGGCUCUAUCGCUGUCCGCCUUCCUCGUGGACGAGGGAAUGUCUACGGCAUCACCAGCGCUGAUUCUUCGCAACCCCAUCGUGGCUGAUCUCGCCGUCGCACUGUCAACCAGCAAUUCCCAGGAUACAUCGGCGGAAUUCAAGCGCACUAGACAAAAAGUGCAGGCUUUCCAACACAAGCAUAGAGCUCGGGUUUGUAGGGAGCUACAUGUGCUGCCGUCAGAUCUUGAGUACAUAUAUCCAUGCUCUCCGCUGCAGCAGGGGAUGCUCGCAAAGACUGCGGUGGAAGAUGCCGAGGGCGCUUACUUUAACAUUUUCAAGCUUCAUUUAAACCCCGAAACUGGCGUUCAGGCUGUACAAGAAGCGUUCAACUCUCUCUUCGCGCAGGAAUCAAUUCUUCGGACGACUUUCCUGCACACUCCUGAUGAAUAUGUCCAAGUCGCCCGCCGCGACAUUAGCUUACCAUGGGACGAACGCUCGCUUGCUGAUGACGAGACGAUUGACGGCGUUGUCGAGUCUUUGCGACGAUCGUGGAUACGCGACAACAGCGACGGCGUGCAUGCCCCCAUCAAAAUCACCCUCGUCACUGGCACCGACAUUCGAGUCAUUGUGCUGCACAUCUUCCAUGGUUUAUAUGAUGGUGCAAGCUUUGAUCUGAUGAUGAAGAGACUUGCAAGUCUUUGCAACAACGUUGAAACGAAAGCCGGCCCCUCGUUUGCAGAUGCCCUCAUUCAUGGACCAUUAAGAAACCACGACCACGCUAAGCAGGCCUGGAUGAGGCAUCUGGAGGGCUGGUCAAGCUCCUCGCUGCUUCUCUCGCAGGAAGGGAAGAGCAAUACCCCCAUAGCCCAAACCCGACUGCUUAGUUUAUCGAAACUCAAGAACCUCCGAUCGGCCAGCAAUGUCACUAUGCAGUCCCUGUUACUGGCUAUCUGGGUGUCGGCUCUUCAGACGCGAAGCCGUGGCAACAUCACGACCGGAGUCAUUGUUUCGGGCAGAUCAAUUACACUGCCAGGUGUUGAGAAGACCGUUGGGCCGUUGCUGAACACGGUUCCCUUCUUUGCCAAAAUCUCGUCCAUUUCAACCUGGCACGCCCUUCUUCAGCGAUGCCAAGAUUUCAACGCUACGGUGCUCAAAGAUCCUCACGUGCCAUUGCAGCAGCUACAGAAGUGGGCUACAAACGGCCAGCCACUAUUCGAAACCCUUUUUGCAUACCAGAUUGAAGAUCAGAUAGGUCCAAAUGACAUGCCAUGGAAAAUCGAGGAUGGCGGUCUGAAUCCUGACUAUCCCUUGGCGCUGGAAGUCACUAAACGCUACGACGACACUAUGCAGCUUCUCAUCGUCGCGAAAAGCUACCUGACAAAUGAGAGAGCGCUCAACGACAUGCUGGAUGUAUUUGAAGACAUGCUCGCAAGCAUCGAAGUGGAUGCCUCUAUUCCUGUUCAAGUCGAAUCGACCCUCCUUGACUGUUCGAAUGCGAAACCACUGAACGAAUAUAAAGAAGAGGUUUGGAGUCUGAAUUCCCAAGUUUUGAGACGAGAGGUUGGAGCUCUCUCCAACAUUCCAGAGGCUGACAUCGCACCCUCGUCCACCUGGCUUGAGCUCGGUUUGGAUAGCAUUGACGCGGUCCAGCUCUCCGCUCGUCUGAAGAGACACAAUUUCAUCAUUAGUCCCUCGGCAAUCAUGAAAGGGCACUCGAUGGCUUCGUUAGUAAAUUCGGCUACGCAAUUGGCAACUAACCUUCCAUCGAGUGACAUGAACGAACUGGAAGAAAUCAAGUCCCAGCUCCGCCACUACGUCGAGGGGACUGACUUUGAUAUGACAAUAGUGGAUGACAUCCUUCCAACAUCACCGCUUCAAGACACAAUGGUGUCUGGCAUGAUUGAAUCUGAUUUUACUUGGUAUUUCAACCAUGAAGUACUCCAGGUUGCGCCGGACAUCGACGUUGACAAGCUCCAGGCUGCUUGGGCCAAGCUUUUCGAGACGACCCCAAUCCUGCGAACAGGCUUCGUUGAGCUCAUCGACCCACAAGCGCCUGCAGUCUAUGCCCAGGUCGUCUACAAGUCUUCUCCCGCUGUUUCCGAAGUGACUAUAACCUCUAUGGACGAGCUACAGACCAUUCGGGAACAAAGUAGAGCGAGCGCCCGUCAGAGCGCAGCCACUAGCAACCUCGCCCGCGUUGUACGUGCCACCCUUGGGGAGACGAACUUUUUCGUGCUUUCCAUAUCGCACGCUCUGUACGAUGGCUGGUCUCUGGGGUUGCUUCACCAAGAUUUGAGAGCCAUUUACCAUGGCGGAACAGUGUCCCGACCAUCGCCAGACCGGUUCUUGUUCAAGUCACUCACGUCCCUCACCUCUGAAGCAGAAGGCUUCUGGGGGAAUUACCUGGAAGGGGCGCGCCCGACAAUUGUGCCCCAAGCAGAGCCGGACUCGGCCAAUGUUGAAAAAGUCGAGUCUAUUUCUUCCAUCGGGCUUGGCGAUAUAAACCGUUUCUGCCGAGAGCAGAAGAUUAGUCUCCAAUCGCUUUGCCAAGCCUGCUGGGCCAUCAUCCUCGCGCGCAGGACACGCUCGCUUGAUGUUGUCUUUGGCUCUAUUCUUUCAGGACGCGAUUUUGAAGGGGCGAAUGAGGUAUUAUUUCCGACGAUGAAUACUGUCGCAAUCAGGUGUAUUUUGCAUGGAUCUAUCAGCUCUUUUCUGCAGUACAUGGAAGAUAAUUUCGGUGAGCUGCGAUCAUAUCAAAUGUUCCCUCUACGCAAAGCCCUCAAGGCUGCCAAGGUGGCUGGAAAGAAUUUGUUCAAUUCUUUGUUCCUUUUGCAAAAGUCUCCAGCCGAAGACAGCUCCGAGUCUUUGUUUCAGUCUGUGGAAGGAUCGUCGGGUGUGGACUAUCCCGUGUGUGUGGAAGCUGCGGCGGGCGCAGCUGGGUUGGAGUGGACGGUGGCUUGCCGGGGCCAAGUCGAUGGAGGACAAUUUUCGGAGGAUUUGCUUGUUGAGCUAGACGCUGCUCUCCAGUAUAUCAUGAGUCAUGUUGAAGAAGAUGUCGUCACAUUCUCGCAUACGGGCGCGCAAAUCUGUGGAUGCCAGCCUAUUCGUUUGGUGGAAGACGACGACAACCAAAGUCCACGGACUGACAAGACUACACCCUGCGAGUGGAACGCAACGUCACUAACCAUCAGAGAGGUCUUGAGUCAAGUUUCCAAUAUCUCAGAGAAUGCAAUCGAGGCUUCGAGCACGCUGUAUCAUUUGGGACUUGACUCCAUCACCGCCAUCAAAGUGUCGGCGCUACUCAAACAGAGGGGCAUCAUCCUCCGGCCGACUGAGCUGGUGCGCGCCGACAGCAUCGCGCACAUGGCCGAGCAAGUCGGCGCGUUGCGGCGCCUCGAAAUACCUGCGGCUGACCUGCGCUGGCAGUCGUGGACGGCACCCGAAGACGUCGACGUCGACUCCCUCUUGGGCGACGCUGGCAUUCCUCGCGACCAGGUCGAGCACGUCCUGCCCGCACUGCCCAUGCAAGUGUACAUGAUGAGCGCCUGGCAAAACACCAACGGCCAGCUAUUCUACCCGGAAUUUUCCUACCACCUUUCCGGGUCACACGCCGUCGCGGACAUUCAGCAUGCGUGGGCGCGCGUGGUGGCGCAGCUCCCGAUGCUCCGCACAUGUCUCCUUGCCACCGGACAGCAGGACCUUCCUUUUAUUCAGGUGUUGAUCAAGCCGGGCAGCUCGGGUGCGGGCUUGCAGCCGUUUGCUCGCCUCACAAUUGAGCAGAAUAUGGAGGCGCCAGAUGCUGUUGUACUGCGGCUGCGCAUCCAUCACGUCUUGUAUGACGGCGUUAGUCUCCCUGCCAUCAUGGACGCCCUUGUCUGUCAAUUAAGGGCAGGCCGGUCCAACGACACGGUGGACAUGCAUGACUGGGCGCACAUGGCUGUGGCUAGAGAAGGCGACGACCAAAAGGCCGCGCGAAAAGCUUUCUGGACCAAGUAUCUUGACGGAUGCACCAAUGCUACUGCACGGCAGACUGACUUGACUGGGCCCCGAACUUCCUUCUACAGAGAAGCCGCUUCCCGUGACACAUCCAGCGUGGGUAACCUCGCUGCCACAAAUGGUAUCAGUAUGCAGUCCAUCAUCCUCGCUGCCUACGCACUGUCCCUCGCCCGCCCGCCGGCGUCGUCGUCGAGCAUAGUGCUCGGUCUGUACCUCGCCCGCCGCGCCGACGACCGGAUCACCGCGACCCUGCCCACGCUCAAUCUGGUGCCCCUGCGAAUUACGCUCGACGGAGGCGCCGACGAGAAUGACGUGGUGGCCGUGGCGCGGCGCGUCCACGCCGACCUGCAGCGCAUCACGGCCACCGACGACGGCGCCGCCGCGCAGGUAGGGCUGUGGGAGGUGGCGCGGUGGACGGGCGUCCAGGUGGACAGGUUUGUCAACUUCUUGACGCUGCCGGUCGAAGAGGAAGAGCUUGGCGCAUCGGCGGAUACUUCUUUGCGGCUUAUGCCAAGCACAUCGACGCGUCAUGAAGAACACGGAAUCGUGAAACGUGCUGUGCAGGAUGCAUCUGUUGCCAACAAUGCAGUCUGUGAAUAUUAUCCUGACUCUGUGGAUGUUGAAUUCGCCGUGCGAAAUGGCCGGCUCGACGUGGGCGUGUUUGGCCCACACGCGCUCAUCACGGAUGAUGCAGCGCAGGAGCUGGUGAAUGAUAUUGUGAAGAUUUUGAAUUGUAUUUAG